GGCCUUCACCACUACCACAGGGACCAGAGGCUGAUCGACGUGGUGGACGACGAGUGGCGACGCGAACAGCUUCCCCUGAACCCCAUCGGUGCUUCUUCUCCGCACGGCUCAGCUGGUGGUGCUCAUUCUUCGGACGUUGCUUCCUCUGCGUCAGCUUCUGCUCCGGGCCCGACGUCUGCUCUUCCCCUGCCGCCGCCGUCAUCGUCUGCUGACUCGACUCAAGCGAGAGACGCCUGGCUUGAUCUAGGCCUAGACCGCAUCGCUUAGUGCCACCUUCACCGCCAAUGGCUGGCUCUGCUGCUUCCAUGGCCGAGCCUGCUGCUGCCAUGGCCGAGCCUGCUGAGGCUUCCGUGCCUCCUGUGGAUCCGCAGGAGAGUGAAAUGCCGCACAAGCCGCCGACCGAGUCGAUGCUUGCCAAUCCCGACGCAGAGAAGACCCUGGUCGAGCCCGCCCGUCCUCCUACCUUUGUUGAUGAGCCGAAAGAAGCCGCAGUGUCCGGCGAGUCCAGCGCCAGCUACAGCGGCGAUGACGACGACGAUGCGCCCAGCGCCGAGCCGGCCGCCUCCGAGCCGGACCUCAAGGCCACAGUCGAGGCACAGGCCCGCGAAAUCGAAGAGCUCAAGGCUCUUCUCGCCGCUGCGUCGGUCCAUGCUGCCCACUCUGACUCGGGCGACGACGCCGACACAAACGCCGACGCCGAAGCCGAAGCCGACACCCUCACUCCGGCAUCACACAAGACCAAGUCGCGCAAGGCCAAGUCGCGCAAGUCGCGCAAGUCGCGCAAGUCCAAGUCGCGCAAGUCCAAGUCACGCAAGUCCAAGUCGCGCAAGUCGCGCAAGUCUCACAAGUCUCACAAGUCGGCCAAGCCCAAGGCCAAGGCCAAGGGCGACGCGAGCAGCUCGUCGGACGACGAAGAGGCCAAGGCUGAGGAACGGGCCAAGAUCGCCGGUCAGUGCCGCGCGCUGCUGUACAAAGUCCGCGGGUACAAGCCGGACAAGCUUUCGGGCGACCCGAAGCGUCUGGCGGCGCGUCUUAGGGCGGCGGCGCACGACCUCAACGCGCUCCUCCGUGACUGCGUCAUCUCCACCAAGAAGCUGCGCCGCAUCCGCACCGCGCUCCGGGAAACGCUCGACUACCUCGAGGCCGCCUCGGGCUGGCUCGGCUCGUGGUGGGGUCCGCCAACCAUCAAGUACAAGGUCAUCUGCGGAAUGUGGGACAAGGCGUUCCUCGACCUCGCGGCCGCCACAGUCAAGGCUCGCAAACGCUUUGAGCAGCUGCGCGCGGCCAACGCUUAAACCCUUUACGGUACGAAAAGGA